AUGGCAGCGUGCUCCUUUGAUCAUACUUUUCUUUAUGUGGCUGCUGGAUGGGAGGGAUCAGCAUCUGAUAUGUCAGUACUCCGUGCAACACUGGAAGAUGGUAAAUUUAAUGUUCCUGAAGCUUGUUGUGUUCUUCAUAAUUUUAUUGCAAGGCAUCAGGGAAAUGAUAAAUACUUUAAUAUGCUCAAUGGAUUAGAGAUGAAUGAGGAUGAAGAUGAGGUGGAGGAGGAAGAAGACCCCCAAUACAUGGUUGGUGCAGAUGAAAGUUUAAGGGGUGAGCAGCUUCGCAACAGGAUUGCUUUACAGCUUUGGAAUAAUUGA